AUGCACCCAUCUCGUGCUGAAGCAGCAGCAUCACAACCCUGCUUUAAUGGCUGUUUUCCAUCUCCACUUCUUGCUUCUGAGAGACCCCAUAAGCCUAAAGUCACAAAUGUAAUUUCAUCACACGAUGAAUUCGCCACAGCCAUAUCCUCUACCCUUCAUCCGCACACACAAUUCACCAACCAUGAGUCCCUUCCAUCUUUACACGACUCGUACAUCAGCUUCACCAAAGCAUUCCCUCAAUUUUCUUCUACUUCUCAAGUUGAUCAACUUCGAGCCCAAGAAUACCAUCACUUGAACCACUCCAACGCCUGCUUCGAUUACACUGGAUAUGGCCUUUUCUCCUACGCUCAGCAACAGAGACCUUAUCCCACAACUUCAAUGGCUUCUUCUUCUUCAUCAUCAUUGUCGUACUUCUCAUCAGACGCCUCCUUCUUCGAUAUAUCCUACAAGUCAGUGAACUUGCAGUCCCAGGUUCUCUACGGUGGCCAUGAGUCAGAACUGGAAUCCAGAAUCAGAAAGAGAAUCAUGUCGUUCAUGAAUGUCUCUGAAGCUGAAUACACGCUUGUUUUCAUUGCCAAUGAGGUAUCUGCUUUUAAAAUUUUAGCCGAUUCUUUCCAAUUUCAAUCUAAUAGACGGCUCCUCACAGUGUAUGACCAUAGCAGUGAGGCACUGAAUGUGAUGAUUGAGAGUUGCAAGAAGCAAGGGGUGCAUGUAUUGUCAGCAGAAUUCUCCUGGCCCAAUCUCGGAAUCGAGUGGAGGAAACUAAAGAAGAUGGUCAUGAAUAAAAGGGAAAAGAGAAAGGGAGGUUUAUUUGUUUUCCCACUUCAUUCAAGGGUAACAGGAGCACCAUAUUCCUAUGCUUGGAUGUCCACGGCACAGGAAAAUGGGUGGCGUGUCUUGCUUGAUGUGUGUGCAUUGAAACCUAAGGAAAUGGGCACCUUGGGUAUGUCACUUUUUAAGCCUGAUUUUAUGGUUUGCUCAUUUUACAAAGUUUUUGGUGAAAUCCCUUCAGGUUUUGGGUGCUUAUUUGUUAAAAGAUCUAGUGUCUCUACUUUGAAAGAUCCUGGUAAUGCUACAAGCAUAGGAAUCAUAAGCCUUAUCCCAGCAUUUAGACAUGACACUGAACAAGUAGUGAUUGAAACUGAAAGGGAUCAUCCGCCAGGGGGGCCAUCACCAACAUCAGAAAUAGAGGAGUUAAGCAUACCCUUUGACUCAUCUAAGGAUAGAAACAACGUAGGUACUAAAAAAGAAGCCAUAGAGAUUCAAUGUAGAGGAUUAGACCAUGCAGAUUCAGUGGGGUUAUUACUGAUCAGUAAUAGGACCAAAUAUUUGGUGAAUUGGCUGGUUAAUGCAUUAAUGAGUCUUAAACAUCCACAUCAUGAAAAUAAGCUUUCCCUAAUUAGGAUUUAUGGGCCUAAGAUAAGUUCUUGUCGUGGAUCCGCUGUAGCAUUUAAUAUAUUUGAUUGGAAAGGGGAAAAAAUUGAUCCUGCACUUGUGCAGAAGCUAGCUGAUAGGAACAACAUCUCUUUAAGUAGCUCAUUUUUGACAAAUAUAAGGUUCGCCGACAAGAAUGAAGAGGAGAGGCAUUGGGCCUUAGAGACAAGAGCUUCUGAGGUUGAAGGGUUGGGCCUGUCCAAGAAGAUACGAAGGCAUGAAUCUGGGAUAUACGUUGUGACUUCUGCGCUGGGCCUCUUCACAAACUUUGAAGAUAUUUACAAAUUAUGGGCUUUUCUUUCUAGGUUCCUCGAUGCGGACUUUGUGGAGAAGGAGAGAUGGAGAUACAAAGCUCUAAAUCAAAACACGGUUGAAUUAUGA